CUCAAAUCCCUCUUCUUUGCCUGCCGAUCGAUUCACUCAAAACCCAGUUACUUUUUUCCCUUUCUGCAUCGUGUACCAAGAACCCAGUUACUUUUUCCCCUCUACGCCGAUUUCAACUCUCGCUUCGCCCUCGAUUCCUGGGUGUGCAAACAAUAGCGAUUUCAAGAUGGUAAGAGUUUAUGGAUUAUGGGGUUGUAGCUUCUCUUCUCUCGGGUCUGAAGGAGAGCAGUGGAAUUAAAAAAGGCUGCAGGAUCCAAAUUGGUUUGUGGGAUCGAGGAGCUGAGAUUGUCUGAACUAGGCAAUCCGCCAUUUCAUCUUCCCGCCACACUGAUUUCAAGAUGAGUUUAUGGGUUCUGGCCAGGCAUAUCGAUUCCAGGUAGUAGAUAUCGGACGGAGGUAAAUGGGUUUCGAAUAUAUUGCUGGACUGGGACAACAGCAAUUUGGAUCUGGGCGGCGACGAGGAGGAAGGAAGCUUCGACCUCGACACCAACGAUGGCGUUGGUCCAAUCCCUUUCCGUCGAGAGCUUGCUUUAAACCGCGCCUUGUGGGUUCGCGGUCACGGAUGCCUCUCGAGCCUGACCACCCUAUCAUCUACGUCAAUACUGUAUUUGAGAAGAUUACUUGGUAUCGUGUUGAGGAGGUGAGGUGCUCGGCCGCAACUGGUACGUCUUUUCUAUCCCUUUGUUUUUGCUAAUUCGGAGCUUUAAAUUUUGGUUUAGUUCCUCGAUUUCUCCCUGUUCGUAGGAUGGGGUGCGAUAUUGUUCUCGGGUGUUGGCCAAUUUACACUUCGGAUUUGAAGCAAUUUACCCUUCACGGCAGUUGCUUUCGUUUUCAUCCUAGCGUCGCCCUCCGGCCAGCCUCUGUUCCCAACUAACCUGUCAUCGCCCCCUCAAAUCCAAGAAUAUACCGGCGAUCCAAAUUCCAGUCUCGGAAUCAGAAUCCGCCCACCCAACUUCUCUGCUUCUGAAACCCAGGUUCCACUGAUUCCCCUCUCUGUUCCUGUUUUAGCGUCCUUCUUCUGUUUGAAUCCCAAAUCCGUCGGAUUGUUAUUCUUCCUUUGUUCUUCACCCCGGCUCCCACUCUACUUCUCCAGUUCUACGCCAGGCUACCAUACAGCUUGGAUGAAGGAAUUACUAGCCAGGUUCGAUCGAUGAUCGUCUCACUGUGAAGAAGGGUUUCUCGACAACGGUUCCCACUUCCCAACCUCAUCUACAAUUGGUACUUACAGCCUCCACGAGAAAGAAGUGAAUGGGGACGGUGCGUGGCAAACGGAAUGAGGAAGGUGUUAGUGGUUUAUCAUUGGAUCAAUAAUGCUAAUCCCUCUUUUUGUUAUACUAUAUUCAGCUGCACCGUUUUCAACUUUCUUUCCCUGCCCUUUUAGUGUGCUAAACCAGUAACAUCAACCCCUUUCAGGUAAAGGAUCUUUCUUAUCAAUUCUAAUCCUCUGGUUGUUUGUGUUCAUAAUCGGUCACUCCAGAGCACUGGUUCAUCGUAUCAUUGCAACAGUUCCUCCUCUCUCUAGAUGUAUAGCUUUACCAGACUUUACUCCUCUAGAUUCAAAAGAUCCAGGGCAAUGAAAAGCUAGAAAGUAGUCAUUUAAACGGUACCUUAAUUCCCCGAUAAUGCCCCUGAAAUUUCUAGCAUUAUUGGAGUAAGUUAAUUUUCCAUUGCCCUGGAUCAUUACAACUCCAUACCUUAAAGAGGAGUACUGAUAAUGCCCUACUAAUUUCCUGGUAAAGCCUGUUAGAGGACUAAUGUUGUUCAAUACACAUAUUUGUCAAACUAAAUUUCCCGAUAAAGCUACAGAAGAGUAGGGGUGCAUUAUAGGAGUAAUGUGCUAUGAGGAUAUUGUCUCAUACUCUACUGUGUUUUUCCAUUUCUGCAUUUCAAGACACUCAUCUAUCAGUGUAGUUCAAUGAUUAAUUUUAACGCAUAUUCGCUUUUAACCUCGGUGAGUAAUAUAAGACUGUCAUCCAUCAGUUGGUUCAAUACCUUGACCAUAUGACGCUUUUACUUUGCUACCUCCCAAGCCUCGAAGUUAUACUUGUAACUUGAAUUGUCAAGAUUUGCAUCCGGUAUUUUACCCUUAAGAGCAACCUAAUCAUAUAUUUAUAUCUAUUAGUUUCUUAUAGCAAGCUGGUUUGUGUUUUCAGAAUCAUAUGGAACAUUCUUUUUAAUGACAGAUAAGAGCAACAAGCUGGACCUAUGAAGACGAGAAACAUUUUGCAAAACCUUGCACAAUUGAAGAACUAUACUCAUUUCGCAAUAUCAGAUGCAUCUGGUACUCAUUGCAUAACUUUUAUCUAUCUCAGAGGUACUUUUCAUUCGCCUCAAACUGGUGCAUGCAUGGGGUUUUAUUAACUUUUUUCACAACUUAUAAUUUCAUUCGUUUACUCGGCACUUUUAAGCUUGCACAUAUAUCAGAAGUGAUUUAUGCUUGAAAUAGUACAUUGUUGACACCUGUGAUUGCUAUUGAAAAGGGGACAUAGAAGAUGAGUAAUUUAUGGCCACUCAUUGUUCCCAAGCUUCUGGCUACACCUGUACUGCGAGCAGCUCCUAGAACCUAUACUACUUUGUAUUUGCUGCACAUGAGCAUUGAUUAUUCACAAAAACGAAGGAUGAGCUUAUAGUUGCGGCUUUGCUAAUCACUUGGGUGGAAAGUAGGGAAUAAGCAUGAUACCCAUCAUUUGGAACUUCCAUUUCAUUUUCAUGUGUUGUUCUUACAGUAGUUAGUUGCGGGUGGUCUCCAUAGGUCCAGAACUUCAAAAGUAAGCACUGGUGUUCUAAUUGCAAGUUGAUGAGGUUAUUUUACGUUUGGGCUUUUGGGUAUUUUCGGAUUGGGUUAGGGGUGUUUUUUUCCUUACGGUUUAAGUUUUCCUUUUGUGUUUGGGAAGGGGUAUUCGGGUAGGAUUAGGUCAAGUCUUAGGCUUUUCUAAGCCUAUAAAUAUAUACCUUUGGCAUUAGUUCCGUAUCAAUCAAAUAAAUCAAAGGUUUAUAGACACCAACGUCUUUCUCUCGCUUGUGAGUUACAAGCAAAACCCUUGAAUCGUGGGUUACGGUUCAUCACAAGUCAAUAAGCAGUAGUGCUUAUUCAACUCUUUUUGAUAAUAGUGAAAUCAUUUUAUUAGGAAUUAAGAAAACUACAGAUAAAAAAGGAGUUAAAAAUGAACAGGGAUUCCCUAACAAGUAGAUCAGAUCAAUUCAAUAAGAAGUUCCCCAUGUCAAUUUUCAGCUCCUGAUCUUGAAAGAUAAUUCUUAUGGAUUCUCACCUGUUAACUCUUAGAACUUGGUGGAAACCAAUGGAUUUACGCAUGCUAACUCUUGAAAGGCGCUCUUUGUCCAUCAAUCUGCACUUGCUUUGUCACCUAACAUGAUUGAAAGCUCAAGGCAUCGAUUCUGCUUCAACAUUGAUUCUGUUGUAAGAGUUUCCAGCUGCUAAUCUUGCUGUAUGUUUGUGAUGAGCGUCGAUCUUAGCAUACCAGCCAUGUUUACAUUAAUUUGUAUAAGUUAUACUUCCUCUUGACACUAUUGUCAAUGCCUAAUGAUUGGUACAAGAUUUCAUGGCCUGGAUGUCUCACGUCAAGGAAGUAGAUGAUAUGUGUGUUGGAACUUGCAUCUCUUUGUUAAUAAUUCUUUUUCCCCUUGCCAACUUAUGAAUAAGUGGUUGAUAUACUAGGUUGUUUCGUAUAGUUUGCAAAAUUAGCUAGAUGAUAAUGAUGUCAUUGGAAAAUUAACAUCCAAAUUGUGUUUUCUGGUUCUCCUUGAAAUUUUAGGAGUAUUUUGCCUUGGAAAUAAUUAAACCUUGAUGAAGUUUUUUUUUAUUAUGUUUAGUAAAUGAACUUGGACAACACGUAUCAAAACAUAUUUUCUUCUUAUUUCAUUCAUAUAUUUCAAUCAACCUUCUUGUAACGUAUAUGUGCUUAUUCUAUAUAUGUGCUUAUUCUACGAAAUUUGUUGAUUACUUGGCAUCAUAUUAUACAAUAUGAUUAUUGAGCAAAUCACAUUGUCUCCGUCAUGAAGUGUGGGCCAAUAAUGAUCUAGGACCAGCUCACCUCAUUUAUCUUACAUCAUUCAACAAUAAUGAUUUUUAUUCUAUUUUUUUAUCUUUCACUAUUUUUUAUGCUUAAUAUUAUGCUAAUUAGAUUUCUAGACAAAUCAUAAAUCUUGAGGUUUGAUUCAUCAACUUUCUGAAUUGAGCAUGUGACUUUAGAUUGGUGGGUGUUUAAAAUAGGCAUAGCUAAGUUAGUAUUCUUUGGUCAAUUGGUUGUUGUAGAAGAUGGAAAUUGACACUAAUAAGCUACAUUCCUUUGCUCUUAUGGAUUUAACAGAAUAAUCACGAAUACGAUAAUGGUUACGGAAGAAGUUUAGAUUCGGACAAAGGGAGGCUUCCCGAAAUAGAAAGAUACGAUCUAGAAUAGUCAGCAUCUGAAGAUUUCGGCUGGGUGUCCUCAACUUCAGAAGGUUUGAACAAUAGUUGAUGCAAUUGGAUUGAAGAUAAGAAUCGCUCGCUCUUUCACCCUCAAGAAAUUGAGAGUUGAACUGUCUUGGCCUUAAUCAAGCUUUCUACUGGGGAGCAUAGAAAAUGCUCUAGAGUGGUUGCUUCUAAAACACUAAUUGUAUAUUAAAUCAUUUUCUGUAUAAUUAAGCAACCAAGACCCUUGGCUUCGUGUUCACAGUCCUUGGGUUACCCAAAAUUAAAAACUCUAUUGUAUCUAAUUUGGAAUCCAAUGUUUUGCAUAUAACUUAACCUUUUUUUUAAUAAUGCACUGAUUAUAUAUAUUUGUCGAAAGGUCAAUUCCAUCAAUUGCUAACUAGGCUGACUUUGUUUUUAUUUUUGUUCUUUUAUUUUGGACACAUUUUGGUUAUCUUUAUUAAUAUAUCCUUACCAUUAAAAAAAGUCUAGCUUGAAGCUUUUGUAGUUUUUAUCUGCCUAUGUUGUGAUGCGAUGAAAUUAUUCUUACUUGAAAUGAAGGCAAACUUAGAGAUCAAUAUCAUUCAAAAUCAAAUAGAAAAUUGAAAAAUUUCAUUGUCAUUUCAUUUUGGGCAAAAUUCAAAUUUUGAAAAUGGGAGUAAGGAUACCUUUUUCAACCAUUGGAAUGUAGAAAUGAGCUUCAAAUUAGAUUUCACACUCUCGAACGAUGAUGAUACUCCAAAUAAUCGACAUAUCCAUAUAUUCUCUAGACGUCAUAUAGAAGGAUUGUCAACCAUUUGUACCCGUGGGUUUUUGUGGUAAAAAAUUUACAAUAACAAGUUUCUUUCAAAAUAAAAGUUUAAUAUCAAUUUUUUCACACAUAUUAAUCAUAAAAAAUACCAAUCUAGAGCAUACAAGCAAACCGCAAAUGAUCAAUACAAAUUGUUCAAAAUUAAAGAUAAACAUCUAUAAACAAUAAGAUUAAUUGAAAACUUCUUCUUCGUCAACUAAGUUUCUUCACUCUCCACUUCAUCAUAUCAACUUCAUUCUAAACAAUUAGAAAGAACAAAUUAUACAUGUCUCAACAAACAUAAAGAAUAUUAAUUGUUUAAGGAAGAUAUAUUAUUUAGAAUAUUAAAUAUACCGGAAAAGUAAUUAUAUGUGUGUGUGGGGGUACCCAUGGGGCGAGUUUACCUAAACCCAAACUCGACCCGGUAAAUAAUGUAGCGGUUUUAAACUCGAACCCGGCCCAUAACCCAUCAACAUGGGUUUUACCCGUGUUAACCGGGUUGGGUCGGGUGGAUACCAGUGGGUUCGGAUUCUGUUGUCAUCCUAGCUCCGCCUUCUCUUUCCCGUGGCGUAUAACAAGGCAAUUUAUUUUCUGUUUAAUUUUUAAAUUUUUUUUUUUUUUUUUUGGUGAAAAUUUUUAUGUGUGUCAUGCGGCAGGCGCAUGUGUAAUAAAUAGAGGCAGAGAUGAGUUGCUUACUCCCGCUGUUGAUUCCCUUCUGAUUAUGGUUUGGGCGACAUGGCGAUGGACGGGUACGUUGUUCCGGCGGACCCGGCCGUAGCGUCGGCGGCGACGACCCCCGCGGCUGUAGUGAUCGCCGCCGUGAAGAAGAAGACUCAGCCGGCGACCAGCUGGAUCCUCGUCGAUUCCGCCGGCCAGGGCACCAUCCUCGACGCCGACAAACAUGCAAUCAUGCACCGUGUCCAGAUUCACGCCCGCGAUCUCCGGAUUCUCGAUCCUCUGCUGUCGUACCCUUCCGCUAUUCUCGGCCGUGAGAGGGCCAUCGUUCUCAACUUGGAGCACAUCAAGGCGAUUAUCACUGCUGAGGAGGUAUUGUUGAGAGACCCAUCGGAUGAAAAUGUUGUUCCUGUUGUCGAGGAGCUUCAAAGGCGAUUACCACCUGCAAGAGAAGGUCAAGCGAGUGGAGAAAACCAUGGCACCCAGCAAGCUGAUGUUGAUGGGGGUGAAGAAGAUGAAUCUCCAUUUGAAUUUCGUGCUCUGGAGGUUGCUCUGGAAGCCAUUUGUAGCUUUCUAGCUGCACGUACAACAGAAUUAGAGACUGCUGCUUACCCUGCAUUGGAUGAACUAACUUCCAAGAUUAGCAGUCGCAAUUUGGAUAGAGUUCGUAAAUUGAAGAGUGCAAUGACAAGGUUGACUGCUCGGGUUCAGAAGGUCCGCGAUGAGCUUGAACAAUUACUGGAUGAUGAUGAUGAUAUGGCUGACCUUUACUUGUCGAGGAAGGCUAGCUCAUCUUCACCAGUUAGUGGCUCAGGUAUCGACUGGUUUGCUGCUUCCCCCACAAUUGGUUCUAAAAUCUCUAGGGCAAGCAGAGCAAGCAUGGCGACAGUUCAUGGUGAUGAGAAUGAUGUGGAGGAGCUUGAAAUGUUGUUGGAGGCUUACUUUAUGCAAAUCGAUAGCACAUUGAACAAAUUAACCACGUUGCGAGAAUACAUUGAUGAUACUGAGGAUUACAUCAACAUUCAGCUUGACAACCAUCGAAACCAGCUUAUUCAGCUAGAAUUAUUUCUUAGUGCCGGAACUGUAUGUCUGUCAAUAUAUUCUUUGGUGGCCGGAAUAUUUGGCAUGAAUAUCCCUUACACGUGGAAUAAGGACUAUGGAUACGUAUUCAUAUGGGUGGUAGUAUUAACAGGUAUAUUGUGUCUUAUCGUGUUCCUGGGAAUCAUGUCCUAUGCACGGUACAAGGGCCUGAUUGGAUCUUGAAGUUGCCUGCUCCUUGAUUGUUUUGGGCUUACUUCAUUAUCUACAACUGGUGCUGCAAAUUGGCCCUUGGUGAUGAUAUAUCCAUUCUUUAUGAUCAUGGCUGGGGCGGCUCUCUGAGCUUUCGUUCGUCAUGAAGAUGAUAGCUCUUAUUCUCUCACCGCCAUUAACGAGUUGGGUCUGAAGAUCGUACCAAUCCAAAUUAGAAGGGCUUGCCAUAUGCCUUUUGGUCUUUUUUGCAGGUGUUCAUCUUUGAGCAAAACAGCAGUCACCGUUCCAUAGAUGAACCGAAUCACUAGUGAACUUGGCUUCAAUAAUUCUCAAAUAAAGCAAAGCAACUGUAAACAACAGCAACAGCGGAUGGCAGCAGCAGAAACAUUUAAAGCUUAUCUUAGAAAUUUUUAUUAUGCAACUUGAUAUUGAAUUAGUGGUUACAAUAUGGGUGUGGAUUAUUCCAUUGUAAUAUGGAGCAGCUAGCUAGUUUGAUACGUUGGUCUAGUAUGACAUUAACAUUAUUAUAGAGCAUGAUGACAUUUAGAUUUAUGACGUGUCCUGAAAUGGUAAAUUUGUUAAGUAUUAUGAGCUAGCAUUGACUACCGUACCACUUAUAUUUUUUGUUGUGUGACAACUGACAUCCAUCUGGACAAUAGCCCUCUAAUCCAACAAUGGCACACUAGAAAUAGUUUAAUAAGGAUUUUCUUACAUUAUAUGGUAGGAUGCAUACUGUAAUAUGACUUGGUAUGUACUAAGUGGGUUGGCUGGACUUCAAUCUCGAAUUGGUCCACCCGCUUGCUAACGAGUAGGUCUAAUUAUGAUUUGUAGUCCAACCACAUUUUGUGAUUUGCGGAACACAUUUGGUCACUCAAAUUAUACAAAUCCUCCACGUUUACCAUCCGAAUUACUUUUUUUUCUUAUUCGCCACUAACUUUACGAAUUCUCAUCAUUAGUCACCGUUCGUUACACUCCGUUAAGUUUGUCCUAUGUGGCAGUCAACUAUUAAAGUUUGACCGUUAACUAGAUGACGUGAAAAUUAAUAAAAUUCAAAAAUAAUAAAAGUUUCCACUUUAUCAUUCCACUUACUUUGUCUAUAUGAAUUAUUUAUAAAAAAUAAUCAAUUAUAAAAAUUAAUAUCGCAGGAGAUCUUGCUCUGGUUCCUCAUGAAAGGGAUUCGGGUCGACGACCCUACCCCAAGACUGGAUUGAUUCACUUCGAAGUCGGGGUGGUGGACAAGCAGUUCAUUUUCUCCAUAUACGAGAUCCCCGACCAAUGUAUCGACGGCGACCACGGAGGUGGUGGUGCCGUGGUUGUCGCUGGUGUUGUUCCCUUCACUGAGCUUCUGUUCCUGUUGUUAACGUCGACGAACGGACAAUCUGAAUCCAAGUGCUCUGAGGCCAUAUAAUUGUCGGCCAAUUUAUUGUUGUUGUUUUUGCUCCGCAAGUACUAAUCUUUCUCCUUCUCGUCCAUCUAGCGCUUCUGAUCCUCUUUGUCGUCGUCGUAAUCGUCCUCCUGGAUCCCGGUGAUGAUCCCGAUGUCGGCAAACGCCUAGACAGGGGAAAGGAGGAGACGGAUGGAGAGGGAAAAAUGAGAAAGAAAUAAUAAUAAAUAAACAAAAUCAAAAAUAGGAGUUAAUAAAUUUCUGAUAAUGCC